AUGGAAGAUGGGCGGCGGCAGGACUCAGAAAAGCAGGAAAUACAACAGCAAAUCCUCCAGCAGAAGCACAGCAUGAUACUACUUGAGAAUCAAAUCGGCUGUUUGACCCCUGAGCUCUCUGAAUUAAAGAAGCAAUAUGAAAGUGUCAGUGAUUUAUUUAAUACCAAAAAAAGUGUCUUGCAAGAUCACUUUUCUACUUUAUUGAAUGAUCAGUGCAAGAACUUUGAUGACUGGUUCAACAACAUGAACAUGAACCUGAAGGAGUGUUUUGAUUCACCAGAAACCAAAGAGAACUUGGAAUACAAGCUACAGAAGCUUUCGGAAAUCAUCUUACUGAAGCCUGAAGGGGAUGCUAAACUGCAGAACAUCAGGAAGCAGGCUGAGAACAGCAAGGCGCCCAUGGCCCAGCAGACUCUCACCGACAUCAGGCACCAGUGGGACAACACCCUCCACUUAGCCAACACGUACCUAAGCCAUCAAGAGAAACUCCUCCUGGAAGGGGAAAAGUACCUGCAAAGCAAGGAGGCGCUGAGGCUGAUGCUCACGGAGCUAAAGACGAAGCAAGAAGCUGGCUUUGUGCUGCAAAAUGGGUUGCAGGAGAAGAAAGCUCAGUUAAAAAAUUAUAAAAAAUUCCUCCAGAAAGCACAAGAUUUGACAUCGUUGCUAAAGGAAUUAAAAUCCCAAGGGAAUUACCUCUUGGAAUGCACGAAAAAUCCCAACUUUAGUGAAGAGCCUUGGCUGGAAAUUAAGCAUCUACAUGAAAGUCUCCUCCAACAACUGCAGGAUUCCGUGCAAAAACUGGAAGGUCAUGUUCAAGAGCACCACUCGUACCAGGUUUGUGUCACAGACCUGCAUGCCACACUGGACCAAUUUGCCGAAGAACUUGCCAGUUUUUCUACUGAGACUACGGAUCAAAUAGCCGUUGAGGGGAAAUUGCAGAAACUACAGGACCUAGAGGCGAGGCUGAGUCUCCACAAUGGUGCACUAGAGAAGAUUUCCACGUUGUCAGAAUCCAUCAAGCAAAACUCCUCUUGGGUGGGACAGAAGCUGAUUGAGGAUGCUGUCUCCUCGCUGAAGGGUAAACAGGCAGCGCUGGAAAAGAGCCUGGGCUCUGCUCAGCAGGAGACCAAGAAGUGGCUCACAAGCAUCCCCAACUCAACAUGCACACCAGACGGGCAGGAGCAGUUGGCUCUACUAGACCGCGAGGAGCCGGUCCCUUCAGGUGUGCGGGCGCCCACUCCAGACGCGGCUGCCGGGGAGACGCCGGGCGCACCAUGGGAGGUGAACAAGAGUUUUACCAUCUGUGUUGGGCUGUUAAUUGAGAUUCAAGUAAGUUAUGGCUCCACGGGAGCAUUAGACAUUGCAACCUAUCUAGAUAAAGUCCAAAAAAUCCUAGCAUCGAUAGAAAAAGAAAAAGAUUCCUUAGGCAAACUGAAAAUCCAGUGGGAGAAUAUAUCAGACUUUCUCACUGGCAUGGAUAAGAAGCUGCUGAGAAGUCAGAUCCAUCAACUUGAGCAUGGUUGGGAACAUGUGGAACAGCUAGUUCAGAAAAAGUAUUCUCAACAAGUAGUGGAAUACGACGAAUUUAAUUUCUUUAUGAGUGCGAUCCAGGACCUGGCGCAUUCCCUGCGGCAGCAGCACCGAUGUCUGCAGCUGAGGCUGACCGCUCCAGAGCAGCGGGAAGUGGACCAAACGGUGGCUCCUUUGGCCACUGAGCUCCAAGCUAUCAAGCAUAGAUUUUCUACUUUAAAGGGCAGAGCUGACCUUCAAAUGAAGCGGAUUUGGGGAGAAAAAGAAAAGAAGACUUUGGAGAAUGGAAUCCAUAACUUGCAGAAGCAACUGGACGCCUUAGAGCCAUUAAACCUGGAGGUGGAAAAUCAGAUCAAGAAGUGCGAACUAGGAAACAAGCUGGAAGAGGUUGUUUUGUGGGUCAAGAAUCUGCUGGGCGAAUGCAUGCACACCAUUCCCCUCCUUCCAGACGACAUCCUUUCGCAGAUCAGGAGGUGCAAGGUGACGCACGAUGGCAUUCUGGAGAAGCAGCAGCUUGUAGAGUCUUUGACUGCAGAGGUCAAGGCUGCUGUUCCUCACCUUCCGGCACAGGAGGCCAGUGUCUUAACUAACCUCCUACAGGAUUUGCAGAACCAGUACCAACUCUUGGUUUUAGGAUCUGCUCAGAGGUCGCAGCAGUUAGAAUUUAAACUGGAAGAAAGGAGAGCAUUGUUUGCAGCAAUGCAGAAGGUUCAACUUUUGCUUCGGGGAAAUGAAACAUUGAUGGGGCCCAUGAUGGAGCCAACCCCCACAGAAGCGGAGCUAGAACAUCAGCGCGUCGCUUUGAAGAUCGCGCAGGAAGAAUUGCAAGAAGCGGAAAGUAUCAUCUCCACAUACUUUCAGGAACUAGCAAACUUCUGUAAGGAGCUAAAUGUGUUUGAAAGAUUAUUUCUGGGGAAUCAGUUGAAAAAUCUUAAGACAAGAGCCAACAGAACCCAGAGAUUCAUGCAGACUAAAAGCGAGGAAGUAGAUCACAAGUUAAAUUUUUAUGGAGAACUUCGUGAACAGACAUCUGCGCUUCAGAAGGAGGUUGACGAUAUGCAGCACAAUGAAUUGUUGCUUAAUGAAGAAAUACACCUGGAUGUUAAAGAGGCGUUGUACAAUCUUAAAGAUAGACACGCUGUCACUCAUUCUAGUCUCUCUCAAGUAUUAAAACUCAAAGAAAUGCUUGAGUGCAUCGGACUAAACUGGGAUUUUUCGCAGCUUGACCAAUUACAGACGCAAGUAUUUAGAAAAGAAAAGGAACUUGAGGAAAGCAUGAAGCAGCUGGACUCAUUCGGAACCGAACAGAGCAACUAUCAAGCAUCGCUCAGUAAAAUGAGGGCUCUGGACUCAGAAAUUAAGCAGAGGGCCAAAGCAGUGCUAACAUCUUUCAGUGCUUCCCCAGAAGAAAGCCUGCGCACUGCCCACGUGUUGAACCAGAAAAUAGAGAAAGCCAAGAACUUGUAUCAUGAGAUGCUCGGGAAAUUAAGUGAAAAUACAGCCUUUGAUGAGUCAUUCAGAGAGAAAGAAGCACUGCAAAUAAAUCUGUAUGUCGAAGAAAACAGUAAGUUACAGAAAGCUCUCCAAAACUUGAUACUCACAUCACAGCCGCAAGAAAUGAAUGAGAAGGAUUUUCAAGACAAGCUGGACAACUCUUUGGAUGUUUUCAAUCAGCUCAAAUCUCAGUUAGAGCAGCCUUUGCUUAUAAAUCUGGAAAUGCAACAUAUUCAGAAGGAGAAGGAGAACUGCGAAGUGUUGCAGGAGCAGAUUCAGGCAGAAGUCUUUAGCAUUAAAGCUGUGACUGUCAUUGCUGAGCAACGAGAAAAAGAAAGCGCUUCAGAAGCUGGUCCUGGGGAAACGAGGUUACGGGACCUGGAAGCUCUUCAAACGGAGCUUCACACGAGCCUUGUUUGGCGCACAGAUGUAUUGGACGAUGCUUUCAAAAACAUGACGCACUAUAAUGCAGCCGUGACCAAGGCAGCGGAGAUCGUCACUGCCCUUGAAACCAUUGUUGCAUUCCAUAAAGUAGACCUCGAUAAUCCGGACGCCUCACUAACGAUGCCUCAUUGGAAAGAAGAGGAAUUUGAAGCAACAAUGGCAGACAUGCGCGACCUCAGCGAGAAAUUGGGAGCUGUCUGCAGCCCUGAAGCCAAACUGCAGCUUCAGCAAACUCUGCAGGAACUGAUUUCUAAGGACUCUGCUGUGAGGGAAGCAGCCAACGAAGGGAAGGCUGAGAUGGAAAGGUGUCUUGAGGAUUACGAACGCUAUCGAAACACCAAAGAGAAAAUUUGCACUGACUUGGGCAAGAUGGAGACCUCUCUUGGGCAGUCCAUGUCCCAGUUGCCGCUGUCUUACAAAGAAGCCUUAGAGCACUCGGAACAGAGCAAGGCUUUGGUGACAAAUCUUCUAUCGACUAAAGAAGAGUUGAUGAAACUCCGGCAGGUCCUGAGACACUUGAGAGGCACGUGCUCAGAGAAGGAUGGCGUGUGUCUGUUGGGAAGUGUGUCUGCCCUGUGGGAGAGGUGGCUGCGCUUGCUGGAAGCUGCUAGAACGUGGGAGAUGUGGUGUGGAGUACGACAGCGGGAUUGGAAAUUUGUCAGUGAAGAGAUCGAAAGAGAAGCAAUUAUCUUAGAUGAUCUUCAUGAAGACCUACCUGAAAUUUCCAAAACGAACGAGGCAGCCAGCACAGAGGAACUCUGUGCGCUGCGAGACUCUUUCUGCCGAUACGAAGAGGAUGUGGAGAAGCAGCAGCUGGUACUGGCGCUGCUCUUUCAGAGCGUGAGAAGUAUCCAGAAUGUUCCCGAAGACGUGAGGGCUGUAGAAACUGUCCCAGCAUUCCAAGAGAUUGCAUCUAUGCAAGAGCAGUGCAUCAAACUUCUUACACAAGCUCAAAAAAAUAAGGACUUGGUGCAGGCCGAAAUCCAAGAAAGAGAUUCCUUCAAGAAAGAAAUAAUGGUAUUAAAGGAGGCACUUCAACAGAGCCUGGCUUAUCUCCAAAGGAUGGAAUCCCAGGGUCGCCCAGAAAAGACAGAACCGUUGGAGGAGCUUCAGAGCAAUCUUAAGAAAGGGCAGCUGGCCUUCGAGGAGAUGAUGGAAAAAUCGCGAAUCAAGUAUUCGGAGCUGUAUACCAUAGUCCCGGCAGAGAUUGAAUCCCAGAUGGAAGAAUGCCGAAAAACUCUCAAAGCCCUAGAUGAGAAGAUUAGCAGCGAAGUCUCGAAAAGCUCACCCUCAUAUGCAAUGACUAGAAAGAUUGAAGAAAUUAACAACGGGCUUCAUAACGUUGAAAAGAUGUUGCAGCAGAAAAGCAAAAGCAUUGAGAAGGCUCAAGAAAUGCAAAAGAAAAUGUGGGAUGAGCUAGAUCUCUGGCAUGCGAAACUGAAUGAGCUGGAUUCUGAAGUUCAGGACACUGUGGAACAGGACCCAGGGCAAGCUCAAGAAUGGAUGGAUAAUUUGAUGAUCCCCUUGCAGCAGUAUCAGCAAGUAGCACAGAGAGCAGAAUCGAGAACCUCACAGUUAAAUAAGGCCACAAUUAAGAUGGAGGAAUAUAAUGACCUUUUGAAGAGCAUUGAAGGUUGGAUAGAAAAUACCAGUUUGCUGGUCAAUCCUGUAGACUAUGACUCUUCCAAGAUGCUGAGUCAGCAUGCUAGCAAGCUGCAGAUGGCUUUGGAAGAUUCGGAACAGAAGCACAAUCUUUUAUAUUCCAUUUUCUCAGAUCUGGAAGACCUCUCCAUAAUUUUUGAAACGGAUGACUUAGCACAGUCAGUACAGCUGCUAAGUAGCCAAGUGACAACUUUACAACAAAGAAUCAUGGACAGCCUUCCACAGAUUCAGCGGAUGGCUGAUGAUGUGGUUGCUAUUGAAACAGAAGUCAAGGCAAUGGAGAAGAAAGUUUCAAAAAUCAAAGCAAUCCUGUUAGCAAAAGAAAUAUUUGACUUUUCACCUGAAGAAAAUCUUAAACAUGGAGAGGUCAUACUUGAAAAUCUACGGCCCAUGAAGAAAACCAUCGCUGAGAUCGUAUCGUACCAAGCGGAACUGAGUUUACCGCAGAGAGGCCUGAAGCCUCUGCCUGUGUUUCAGCGGACCGCCCAGCUGGUACAAGAUGUCAGGCUGCUGGAAAACGUGGCUCAAGAGCAAACUGAGCUGUUGAAGAUAGCCACAGAGCAGAUUGAUGAAUGUGAUGGAGAAAUUGAACAGUUGAAAGAGACCUUAAAUAAUUACUCAGCUGAGUUUUCCCCUGAACGUGUGUCACCAGACAGAGUUGCCAACUUGCCACAGGUACAGGGAGAAAUCAACAGCCUGGAAGAGCAAAUUCUGAGUCUAAACCAGAAAAAAGAAGAGCUGUUGGUGAACUUGAAGACGGCGGUACUGAGCCUUCACCAGCAUCUGAAGCAAGAGCAACACGAAUCCGAGAAAGAAACGCUGUCAGCUUCUGCGCCCGAAGAGGGUGGCGUGGCCAAGAGGGAGGCUUCUGAUUGGAAGCUGGACAGAGCGGGCUCCAUGUCCCUGCUGCCUGCCGUCGCCGAAGAGGCGGAGGAAGGGUCCGUGAAGAGUGAACAUGGAGGUAAGAAAGCAGAGCCGUCUUCCGGUUCUUGGUCUUUCCUCUCGGAGCAUGACAAGGACAAGGAGGAAGACAGAGCGUCCUCAUCUUCUGGAACCAUCAUUCAGAUGGCAGAUCGGAGAAUGAGCACGUGUGAUGGGUCCGUGGCACAGGGUCUUGCACCAGACUCACUCAACCCUCACCAAACCAAAAAGGGUGCCACACCUCCCAUCCAGGCAGCAUCGCUGGACUUUCCCGAGGAGCACAAAGCUUCUGAGGCCACAGUGGAGCAAGCCAGGCCUGAGCCCGCCGAGGUCCUCCAUGUCUGCCAGACCCAGGUGGCUGAGCUGGAGCAGUGGCUGGCCCAAGCAAACGUGGCAUUCGAGCCGGAAACAUUAAACCCAGGCAUGCAGCAGGUGGUGGAGCAGCAGCUGGUCGGCUGCCAGGCUAUGCUAACAGAAAUCGAGCACAAGGUUGUGUCUCUGUUGGAGAACUGCAAAGAUCAGGGCCUGGGAGAUGGUGGAGCCAUUCAGCAAGAGGCUGAAGCCUUGUCCUUGAAACUGAAAACUGUGAAAUGCAAUUUGGAAAAAGUCCAGAUGAUGCUUCAAGAGAAAUACAGUGAGGAUCAGCAGUCAACCAUUGGAAAGAAGGCUUCUGAGCAUGAAAAAGUUCUCCAGCCGGAUAAUCUCUCUGCCUUCGACUCCAUGAUCGGUGAGAGGCCACUGUUCAGCAGACACAAAGAUGUGCAGCGGCCACAGGUGGAAAGGUGA